UACCACAUGACAAGGUUUCAACAAGGGAAAGUAUAGUUAGGCAGAGAAAGACAACUUCAAAUCUCACAAAGGUCGAAGUUAUUUUAAGACAGUUUGGAGUUCAUUCAGCAAGUUGCUGAGAUCUAACAAACUGCAACAACUCCUGUCGCCAGUUUACGGUGCAGGAUGUCGAUUGUAAGUGUUUUCCCUUUGGAUACCGUCACCCUGGUUUUGUUUGGGGUUCUGACCAUUAUCCUCCUCGUGUAUUUUAACACCGGGUCUAAAUCUCAUGGAAUCGUCAACUUUCCUCCGGGUCCCGCUCCUCUCCCAGUGAUUGGCAACCUGCACAUGUUGGAUCUGAAGAAGCUGCACAAAUCUUUGAUGGAGCUAUCUGAGAAGUACGGCACAGUUUUCAGCAUCAAGCUAGGACCCAGAAAUGUGGUGGUGCUGACCGGCUAUGAGGCAGUGAAGGAUGCACUUGUCAACCAUGCAGAGGAAUUUGGUGAAAGAGCACAUAUCCCAAUAUUUGAGACGACUAUAAAGGGAUAUGGUAUUAUUUUUGGUCAUGGGGAGUCAUGGAAGCAAAUGCGAAGGUUCACCUUAACCACAUUACGAGAUUUUGGAAUGGGCAAAAAGUCCAUUGAAGACAAAAUAAUUGAGGAAACCGAUUUUCUGAUACAAAUGAUUGAUUCAUAUAAAGGCCAAGCCUUUAAUCCAACCAUCAAACUGAACGCUGCUGUGGCCAACAUAAUUUGCUCUAUAGUUUUGGGGGAUAGAUUUGAUUAUGACGAUAAAAUGUUUAUCAGUUUAGUAAAGAGAAUGAACGAAAAGAUUCAACUCGCUGGUUCGACCAUGGUCCAGAUGUACAAUGCAUUUCCCUUCUUGGGAUACCUUCCUGGAUAUCUUUCUCAAUUAUUCUCCAACUCCAAGCAGGAUAUUGCUUUCUUCAAGAACCUCUGCAAUGAAAACUUUCGGGAACCGAAUGCGAAUGACCUGAGGAGUUUUAUUGAGGCGUUUGUGUUGAGACAACAGCAGGAAUCAGACAAUCCCAAUUCAUACUUCCAUGAAAACAACUUAACAUACACCACAGUCAACCUGUUUGCUGCAGGGAUGGAGACCACCUCGACCACAAUUCGUUGGGGAAUGCUCCUGAUGAUGAAAUAUCCAGAGAUUCAGAGAAAAGUUCACGAGGAAAUUAUCAGUGUUGUUGGAUCAGAACGAUCUCCCAGAGCUGAAGAUCGGAAAAAUUUGGCAUACACUGAUGCAGUGAUCCACGAAAUCCAGAGGUUUGGUGACAUUUUGCCAUUAAACGUCACACAUGAAACCACAGUGGAUUUAAACUUCAAAGGAUUCUUCAUUCCAAAGGGAACCCACGUGAUUCCAUUGCUGUCCUCUGUGCUGUACGAUAAAACCCAAUGGGAAAAACCAAAUGAGUUCAACCCGUCUCACUUUCUGGAUGCUGAAGGCAAGUUUGUGAAGAGAGAUGCCUUCAUGCCUUUCUCUGCAGGUCGGAGGGCCUGUGUUGGUGAGACCCUGGCUAAGAUGGAACUGUUCCUGUUCUUUACUGCUCUGAUACAAAAGUUUAAGUUUCAAGUUCCACCGAAUGUCAUUGAAUUGGGGCUCGAGUCUGGUGUGGGAUUGACUUCAUCCCCCAAGUACCCCUAUAUGUCCGGUCGCGGUAAAACCGGAGGCAAAGGGCGCGCCAAGGCCAAGACUCGCUCCUCCAGAGCCUGGCUCCAGUUCCCCGUCGGACGUAUCCACCGGCUACUGCGCAAGGGCCACUAUGCCGAGCGGGUCGGGGCCGGAGACCCCGUCUACCUGGACGCCGUCCUCGAGUACCUGACGGACAAGAUCCUCGAGCUGGCCGGCAACGCGGCCCGGGACAACAAGAAGACCCGCAUCAUCCCUCGCCACCGGCAGCUCGCCUUCCUCAACGACGAGGAGCUGGGCGGGGUCACCAUAGCCCAGGAUGGGGUCCUGCCCAACAUCCAGGUUUUACGGUGCAGGAUGUCGAUUGUAAGUGUUUUCCCUUUGGAUACCGUCACCCUGGUUUUGUUUGGGGUUCUGACCAUUAUCCUCUUCGUGUAUUUUAACACCGGUUCUAAAUCUCAUGGAAUCGACAACAUUCCUCCGGGUCCCGCUCCUCUCCCAGUGAUUGGCAACCUGCACAUGUUGGAUCUGAAGAAGCUGCACAAAUCUUUGAUGGAGCUAUCUGAGAAGUACGGCACAGUUUUCAGCAUCAAGCUAGGACCCAGAAAUGUGGUGGUGCUGACCGGCUAUGAGGCAGUGAAGGAUGCACUUGUCAACCAUGCAGGAUUCAGUGAAAGAGCACAUAUCCCAAUAUUUGAGACGACUAUAAAGGGAUAUGGUAUUAUUUUUGGUCAUGGGGAGUCAUGGAAGCAAAUGCGAAGGUUCACCUUAACCACGUUACGAGAUUUUGGAAUGGGCAAAAAAUCCAUUGAAGACAACAUAAUUGAGGAAACUGAUUUUCUGAUAAAAAUGAUUGAUUCAUAUAAAGGCCAAGCCUUUAAUCCAACCAUCAAACUGAACGCUGCUGUGGCCAACAUAAUUUGCUCUAUAGUUUUGGGGGAUAGAUUUGAUUAUGAGGAUAAAACGUUUAUCAGUUUAGUAAAGAGAGUGAACGAAAACAUUCAACUUAGUGGUUCGACUAUGGUCCAGAUGUACAAUGCAUUUCCCUUCUUGGGAUUCCUUCCUGGAUAUCUUUCUCAAUUAUUCUCCAACUCCAAGCAGAAUACUGCUUUCUUCAAGAACCUCUUCAAUGAAAACUAUCGGGAACCAAAUGCGAAUGACCUGAGGAGUUUUAUUGAGGCGUUCAUGUUGAGACAACAGCAGGAAUCAGACAAUCCCAAUUCAUACUUCCAUGAAAACAAUUUAACAUACACCACAACCAACCUGUUUGCUGCAGGGGUGGAGACCACCUCAACCACAAUUCGUUGGGGAAUGCUCCUGAUGAUGAAAUAUCCAGAGAUUCAGAGAAAAGUUCACGAGGAAAUUAUCAGUGUUGUUGGAUCAGAACGAUCUCCCAGAGCUGAAGAUCGGAAAAAUUUGGCAUACACUGAUGCAGUGAUCCACGAAAUCCAGAGGUUUGGUGACAUUUUGCCAUUGAACGUCACACAUGAAACCACAGUGGACUUAAACUUCAAAGGAUUCUUCAUUCCAAAGGGAACACACGUGAUUCCAUUGCUGUCCUCUGUGCUGUACGAUAAAACCCAAUGGGAAAAACCAAAUGAGUUCAACCCGUCUCACUUUCUGGAUGCUGAGGGCAAGUUUGUGAAGAGAGAUGCCUUCAUGCCUUUCUCUGCAGGUCGGAGGGCCUGUGUUGGUGAGACCCUGUCUAAGAUGGUACUGUUCCUGUUCUUUACUGCUCUGAUACAAAAAUUUAAAUUUCAAGUUCCACCGAAUGUCAGUGAAUUGGGGCUCGAGUCUGGUGUGGGAUUUACUUCAUUCCCCAAGUACCCCUAUGUUGGUCCUAGCAAUGACCUGGACAUUAAUCUUGAAUCCAUGGAUACACCAGAGUGA